AAUGUGAUUUAGCCAUCAGCUGAUGUGAUUGUGAAGUGUUUUUAUGCUGCUCUAGGUGAGAGACCAGCAAGCAUUCUGGAAGUGGAUGAACACCACGGCGCUCCCUAACCUUUACCCUGAAGUAAAAAGCAAAUCUGCAAGGGAUGCUGGGAUUGCUUUCUUGCCAGCUCUGGGCAGCUACCGCAUUGGGCCAGUGCGGCUGUGGCAGUUCAGGAAAGUCAACGAGAAAGACUCCUGCCAGUUCAUGGACAGCGCUGGUAACUGUUUCAGGCCAAAUCUGCGACUUUACCAGGACAGUGGAAGCUACAGUAAGGGGUGGCAAGAGCUCAACAGCAAUGCGUCCUACAUUCAUCAGCCGGAGGAUAGCUUCUGGAUCGUCCAACAAGUGCAGUGGAAGAAUGCACCUAAUAAAAUAGGGGAGCUGCACACGUUUUUUGGAGGAGGCUACGUGGCUGAUCUGGGAGUGAUGGUCAAUGAGGCGAGUGGCAACGCGAACUACCUCGAGCAGAACUCAUGGCUGGAUGCCUGUACCAUGGGGAUCUUUGUGCAGUUCACAGUCUACAACGCAAACGUCAACUUGUUCUGCUUCAUGGAGGUUCUUCUCGAGUCUCUGUCAAUGGAUAUGUUUCAAGCGUCGUCAAACGUGAAGGUUUUUCAGCUGUUUGAAAACAAAACAUCGCUCGUCAUUUUGAAGAUCGUGGCGUACACUCUUUACUUGAUCACGACCCUGUACUGCGUCGUACGGGUCAUCUCCGGCAUGGCCAAGGAGAAGGUCGCGUACCUCAAGGACACCGCAAACUUGGCUGAAACGGCAAACAUCGUCCUGAGGAUUGGGGCGGUUGUCCUCUUUUAUCACCAAAAUGGCGUCGCAUCGGUAACUCUGGCAGCCCUGACAAACAAUCCAGCUGCCUUCGUGGACCUGUCAGGGCCCGCAUCGCUCGACGAGCUGUCCACGCAGUUCCUCGGGUUCCUCACCUUCGUGGCGCUGCUGCAGAUCAUCCCGCUGCUGCGCUUCAACAGCACCAUGAACACGGCGGUGAACUCGGUGGCAUGCUGCACAUGCAAGCUCCGUGGCGUUGCCUUCGUCUUCCUCGUCUCGCUCAUCGGCUACGGCCUCGUCUUCUGGAAAGUUCUCGACGGGACCGCUGGUGCACACAGGUCGUUCGGCAGGAGCAUUGGGUUGCUGCUCGCCACGAUGUUCAGAGCUCCAGUCUUUGGCAAGUUGUACACGGGUGGUGGUGCUACGGCCGUCAUCCUCCACCUCACCUUCAUGGUGAUGUUUGUGGUCCUCCUCCUCAACGCGCUCAUGGUCGUCGUUGGGGAGGCGUUCCAUCACCGCACAAAGGAAAAUUCGGCCCUGGGAAAUCGAGUCUCAGUGGUCUUCUGGAAGGGUCUGAAUCCCAUCAUCACGUUUAGCAAGCGCAUGUUGUCCAAGCUAAAUGCGUUUGGGUGGAAACACAAGAAGCAAAUUUAACCAGAAUUUCUUUUAUCAACUGCAUUUUUAAUAUAAAUUGUUUUAAUGUCUCGAAUAAAACCUUCUUAAGGACCCUCGUGAAAAAGUCUUGAGACCCAGUGAAGCUUUCCUGAGCAAUUAUAUUGUUGUUGAUUAUGAACUGAUCUUACUGAAACAAAUAUAUUUUCCUGGUUAAAUAAAUAAAUCCGGAGGCCAACAAUUGCAGAUUAUUUAUAACAAACACAAUUUAACUGGUAUUGGUUAAACAUCCCAAUGCUGAAAAGUAACUGCAUAAUACUCAAUUGGGAUCACACUUAGCAAGAUCACCCCCAGCUGUGAAAAACCUGCCGAGGGAAUGGGUUCGAUCGUGUGGAUUUGAGGACUCCACACAUGGUUCUAAAAUAUACAUAUAAAACUUGGCAAGAUCUUCCUGAAAGGUCCGCACAGGCACAUUGAUCUACCCACUUGCUGUAUUGCCAUUUGCUCCCCACCUCAAAGCCAAGUGGGUUUGGUAGUUUCUCAUAUAUUGCAUGAUCCACUCCACCCUUUAAUAACCCACCGAGCCUUGUCUCCAGAAGGACUGGGUAACAGUGGGCACCACAUCAUCAAUACAGCUGCUGCUGCUGCUGAUGCACUUGGGUUCCAUUCCUGGCCGUUUUGAAUGUUACCAGCGGUGAAGUCUAUGUGAACCUACUUCAUAAUUGCACCGUAUCGAUGUUCUGUAAGGCAUUAAACUAGAACUGUAUAUCUCAAGGUAUGUUUGUUGACCUGGUUUAAUACGUGUGUGUGGUGUAUAAUUUGGAUUGUUAUUUUUUUUAUCCAAAGAAACGUUUUGUUCCGAUGGUG